AUGCAGUCCUGGGACUCGCUUGGCUUUUUAAUCCUCGUCCUCAACUACAAUGUGACAAUUAUAGGAAAGAUUUGGUUAACUCUAACAGUUCUCCUGAGACUUCUGGUGAUCUUCUUCGCUGCAUAUCCUCUUUACCAAGAUGAGCAGCAGCGCUUCAUCUGCAACACCUUGCAACCAGGAUGCGCCAAUGUGUGCUAUGACCUGUUCGCGCCCGUAUCCCACUUCCGGUUCUGGCUCGUUCAGACUGCCUCUGUCCUGCUUCCUUACACCAUGUUUUGCGUCUAUGUAUUUCACAAUGUGGCCAGGCAGCUUGUGAAGGCUCGUUCCCUGCCUUAUCGUCGGUAUAAAGAGAUCAAAGCUACAUCAGGCCACAAAAUUUCAAAGAAGUCUUCCAAAAGUGCAGCAGGGGGCAGAGUUGCUUCUGAGGCAAACAAAAUGGAUAUCCCAGAUUUUUCCCAAGCAUAUACUGUCCAGCUUCUUCUGAGAAUGCUGCUCGAAGCCUGUUUCGGGGCAGGCCAUUACUACCUUUUUGGAUUCUUUGUUCCCAGACGUUUCGCCUGUUACCAGUUUCCUUGUGCAAAUUAUGUUGAGUGUUUUGUUUCCAGGCCCACUGAAAAAUCCAUCAUGAUGUUCUUUGUCUGGGGACUCAGCGGCUUCUCCUUCCUCCUUAGCCUAAUUGACCUGACCUUUGCCUUCCGAAGCAACAUUGUGAGAAAUUACCGAAAUAAGCUAUUGUUGGAAAGGCUCGGAUCUGAGGAAAGAUGCGGCCCUGGUAUGCUCCAGGGCAACAAGCCAAAUAAAGACUUACUCGACUUUGGGAGAGGAGGCCAGGGCAUUCUAGUCACCCCUGACAGCUGUGAUCAUGUUAAUUCCUGUUUGCUUGGCUGCGAAGUUAAGGAAGACUUGGCAUUUCAACCUGCACUGACUUCCCAGCCAACCAUCAGUUUUAACCUGAACAGUAAUAAGCCAUGUGUUGCCUCUACUCAAGAUGGCAAGGGAGCGCUCUUUCAGGGAAGUGAACCACGUGAGAUUUUGCAUGAGCAAUCGAGAAGCAAUCCGCUACCGGGCCCUCUGAAAGGAGCUUUAGCACUCAAACCCCAAGACGGGGGCAAUCGUGGAGUCAGUUCAUCCGGAAGUUUCAACAAGCCCUCGGUUCAUUAUUCUACUUUGGAGAGGAAGCCUUCUGACGUUCAGUCUGCCUGUAGUGGUUCUGGAUGCUCCAAAGCUAAAAAAUCUGAAUGGGUGUAAAGAGCCAUACUCGAGCAUGAGCACAGCUCAUGUGACUAGAAACAGCCAUCUCAGAAGAGCGUUGUGUCUUAUUCUUGAGAUCCUUUCAUGGCUAUUUAGCACUAGAGCAGGGUUUGUUUGCUUUUGGUCAUAGCAACUGUUCCAAAUGAAACAGAACGUGUGCACGUUACAAUACAUUAAAAGGUUGAAUGCAAAGUAUCAAGCAACUUUAGAGGAAAAAUGACACUGUAGUCACUUUGUGCACUGACAAAGACUCUGCAAAUCUGGCUACUGGCAGCAGAAUCUGCCAUCCAAACAACAUCAGCUUUCAUGUUUGGUUUAUCAAAAUUAAGUCUCUAGACCUUACGGUUGUGGAAGGAAAGCUUGAAUGAGCAGACUUUGCAUUUGUUCACAUCCCAGAAUCCAAAGCAGGGCUGAGCAAGAAUUCCUGUAGUCUUCAGUGCUCACCUGGCUCUUUUGUCCCAACUUACCUAUAGCAAAUGUAUAAAGGAA